CUUACUAACUUUUCCACAAAGACUUUUUAUUUGACAGGAAUGUCGUCUUACUUAAUCGACCCCGCUUCCUGAAGUGAAGUGAAAUGAACCAUAAAGAAAAUGCAUCUUCCUUUAAGGAAGUAUUGUGUGCUGCAGUGGGAAGGCCCAUGUCCGUCACCUGGGAAGGGGCGGUAGUCACACGCAUGCUGAACACAAAGCAGACAACUUCCUUCAUCAGAAUAAAAAGAUGCAUUUCCCAAGUGCCUUGGACCAAAUAAAUCAGCGUGAGGCACUUUGAAGGGAUUUAUUUGCUUUCUGAUUUUGUGGGAGCCAGUCACAAGAGGCACAAUGCGGGACAUGCUUGAGAGGCUGCAGACCAUCAGUGAGGAGCAGGAGGACUACGACCCAGAGUUUUAUGGACCUGAGUAUGAUGUAGAUAAGGUGGCUCUGUCUCAGCAGGCAGUGGUGUUUGAGAACUCCUCAGAUAUUGACAACAUCCUGGAGGAGGCCCACUCAAUAAGAAAGGCGAUCUCCCUGCUUCACUUAGAGGUGGAGCGUCUGAGCACACAUAAUGAGCGCUUUGGCACCAGCAUGCGGCGUCUCACCCUUCUCAAAAAGGACUCUGACUGCAUCGCCAGGGGGAUCCAGCAACGUGGGGAGGCUCUGUACGGCCGCCUUCAGGCCCUGGAUAAGGAUAGCAGCCAGCUGCAAGAGAGAGAAGGUCCCAACUCUGCUGUAAGUCGCAUUGCCCGAACUCAGUAUGACACACUGACACGUGCCUUCCAUAAUGCCAUGAGUGAUUACAAUAAGGCAGAGGAUAUGCAGAGGAAAACAUGUCGGGGGAGGAUCCAGAGGCAGGCCUCCAUAAUGGGGACUGACAUCACUGAUGACCAGCUGGAUGUGAUGGUGGACAAAGGUGGUGAGGGAUGGGCUGAGCUGUCCCAGAGCCUGGAGACCCAAGGUGCACGCUCGUCCCGCUGGGCGAUGUGCGAGCUCAAAGGCAGGCACAAGGAGCUGGUGGAGCUGGAGGUCAGGCUGAAGGAGGUCCAUGAACUUUUCCUGCAGAUGGCCAUGAUGGUGGAGGAGCAGGGAUCCAUGGUUAAUAACAUUGAGGUGAAUGUGUGUCGCACUCAGGACCAUGUUGACAAAAUCAACGUUCACAUCAAGAAGGCCCUGGACUACAAGAGGAAGAAUCCUUUUCAGCAAUGUUGUUCCUGUCUACCCUGUUGGAGACACAACCAAUACUUAUAGGGCUUAUUUUUGACUUUAUGGAUGGUUAAAACAAAUUUAAAUAAAUAUUUACCCGUGUAAAAAGUUAUGGAUGGAUGGUAAUGGAUGUUAUUUCAAUUUGAGUUAAAACAUUUAAGCAGUUCACUGACACAAAAUAAAUGCUGUUGUAGUAAAUAAAAA